AUGAGUUCAACAAGUAAGGCUUGGAUGGUGGCUUUUAGUAUAGCAGCCGUGGCGGCAAUGAAAGAUCAAGGAUUUUGCAGAUGGAACCACACAAUAAGAUCGUUACACCAACAUGCCAAGAACAAAGCAAGGUCUAUCUCUCAGGCAACGAAGUCUUCUCCAACUUCUACUGUGGUUUCAAGUAAAGUAAGAGAAAAUCAGAAAGCAAAGCAAUCAGAGGAAUCGCUGAGGAAAGUCAUGUACUUAAGCUGUUGGGGUCCCUACUGA